CUGGGGUAUUAGCUACAUUCAUAUGGAUCAUAUCCGAUUCUUUGAUAAUUAUAUAAUUUCUUCUCAGCUCAGUUGCUCGAUGUUGUCUUCCAAUCUCUUGCUUUAAAUCUUGCUACCCGUCCAGUACUUCCAUAUAUCUAUCUUGUUUUUUUUUGUGUGAAUAUUCAGUGCUUCUAUUGUUUGACACUUGCACACAUACAAAAAGGGGAAGAACCGAAAGUAUAAAGAAGAAAUGAUCUGAUUAAUCUCUUAGAGCAUGAGAGGGAGGACAUGCGCAAAUAUGAUUUCUAAUGUCAACCAGUGUCAAAACUAAAACAACUUACUCUGUUUCUAUUCUAAAAUUAUACUAUUAGACUGAUCUGUCUUGUCUUUAUUCUACUCCUGAUCCAUUUCUGAAAAUAACUUAUAAAAGGUGUGGGAACAUAGUGAAGGAUACAGUUCAAGUCUGAGAGUUUGAUAGGGUUCAUGUGGUCUAAGCACAGUACUUUUUGGAUGCCAUCUUUUGCAUUCUUUCAGGUACUCUGUAUUUUUGUGGAAAAACAAACAAUUUCACCAUAAAUUUCUCAGUUUGUCAAUUGGUAGACAGGUUUGUUCUAAUGACAUGUUCUUAAACUCUUUAUUUUGCUGUGUUAAGUUUGUUACAUUACUACAUUACUAUCAAGAUCCACCCAAAAGAUAAUCUUGAAGCAUAUGAAUAUUCUCAUUAUUGUCCUUAUCCUUUAUUAGGUAUAGUUGUUUUCAAUGAAUUUGCAGGUUUAUGGCAACAAUGAUUUAUAUAUUGCUUGGGCACAGCCUUCUUUUAGCUUAUUUGUUCUGACUAUGGUGAUUUGGAAGUGCUUAGUUGUAGACUGGAAUAAUGCCUGUUUGUGCAGGUAAAGAAGGAUUGGUAUAACAUUGAACCUCUUCUCUUUUUUCUCUGUUUCCAUCUAUCUCCUCAAUCCUGCCUUCUCUGCCAUCCCUCUCCCCAAAGAAAAAAAAUGGCAUACUCCUCUCAUGGUCAGAAUAUCCAGAAUUUUUUUGUUGUUUUAAAGAAUACUCUCUUGGAAUUUAUUUAUUAGUAGCCUGAUUGGAUGUAGUGUUUCCCUAUCAGCUUGAAUUUUAUUAGCUUUGUCUUCACUAGCUACUCCAAAUCUAAUCCUUUCUAUUUGCAAUAUAUUUUACCUUCUGUUCUGGAACAGAUGAAGGCUCAAUUCUAUUGGCAUGAAUCUAUUCUGACUCCCAAAUGCUUGUUUCAUCUUAAGUGGGAGAUACUUUAUGACCUAUCAAUAGGUUAUUCUUUAUUUAAAGAAUAGCUUGGUUGAUUGCUCUCUUAUUUGCAUCGCAGCUGAGGUUAACAUAGGGUUCAGGCACUCUGCUGACGACCUCCAUCAAAUGACAAUAAUUAUUUGCUUGCCUAUGAUCCUCAUCUUCUCAUAUUUUUUUUUGGUGAUGAGGAUUCUCAAAGCUGUACUUGGCUAGGAGAAUGUGAACAAUAGAGAUCAUUCAAGUUGCCAUUACAGUUCACUGAAUGAUCUCAUUAUACCUUGUUCACAUGGACUGUUAUUCCUGCCAUAUAGUACUGCUCAACAGAGGUAUUGCUAAGUUGUGGAUCUUCUUAAUUGACAUUUCAUCUGCACAUCAUUGUGAAGAGUAUGUUUGCAAUGAUGCAAGAUAUUAGUAUGCUGGUAAUACCAAGGAGCCUAUGUAACAUUUUUGGAUCUUUUCUAUGGUAUGCCAUGAGGUCAACUACUUAUUUAUCUAGGGCCCUAGCAUGAAAUUGUUUGUGGUUAGUGGUGGUUUUUUUUUUUAAUUGGGGCUGACAGUUGCAGGGAAUCCUCUGGUUUUUCUAAUUUCAUGUUGUUGUACAAGUGUCUUCUGAAACAAAUAUGUAUUACAGAGCUCAGUUGCCAGCAUGGACCCCAGAAAUGCUAGAGUUGCUCAUAAAAGGAUAUGAUUUUUAAAGUCCUAUCUCCCCACCUGAAAAAAAUGAAAGAAAAGAAAGAGAGAAGUAAAUAGAUAAAAAAGGUAUAAAGAUGUUGUCUGAUCUUCUGGAUGGUGAAUUGAUGGGUGCCUGAUUUCUCAUGUAACUAUUAUGUGUGCCAUUGUUGGAUUCAGAAUGAGCAAGUUGGGUGUACAUGGUCUAUUCAACUGAAACACCUUAUUCUCAUUUGGUUGGACUAAAUGAUUGUAAGUUCUAGGUAAUUUUUUGGAGGAAUUUGGUUUUAGAAAAAUGUCCAAGUUGGAGCAGGUUUAUAAACAAUAUCAUCUUCACAUUGCGGUUGUUUGACUUACGGUAUAUAGACAUACUUUGUAGAGUGUGCUGAUGAGACUAUUGAUGGAUUAAUUAAAGAGACUGCCUGCUUGUGCAGGAAAUCACACUUAUAUCUUUUGAGCAAAGAAAAGAGAAAAAAAAUUGAGUUGGUAGCCUUCUGGGAAUUUAUCUUCUUGUAGCUAGGAUCUCAUAUUUGGUGCUAAAAUAUUUAUCUGCUCAUAAUUGCAAAUUUAUUUAUUUAUUUUUUUGCCUUGUACGACUUACAUGAAAAACAGGCCUUCCAGACAUCUACAAGUAGAACUCAUUCCAAGGCAAGUAAUCUUGGUAAAUAGACAGAACCAUCCUCAACGGAUUUAUGUAGGCUUGCUAUUUAGUAGUAACUUGUAAUAGCUAUCUAACUCUUUGUAAUCUUUGAUAAGAUAUUGGUAAUAAGAUCUACACCAUCUGGGUUAAGGUUAGCAUCACUGAGCUCAUCUUGCAUAGUUUUGAGUGUAAGACCUUCAGAUUUGGGUUUAUAUUUUAAUUUUUAUUAGCCAAAAAUUGGCAAAUCUACUAUAUAAUGUUCCAUCCUUCCUUCCUUCCCCCUCUCUGUCCCCUUUUUAAUGGAUCUAAGUUUUACAAAGAUGAAUGGUGAAUAUCUUCAUAAUAAUUAAGUGUUCCAUUAGUCCUCUUUUACCAGUUAUUAUUUGUGGUUAUUUGAAUGAGUAAGCUGCAGGAUUUUAUUGAUGCCUAGCAUCAUCAUAAUAGCACAUUGAUGGCUUAUUAACACUUGAGAAUGUGGAGAAAUUUUGGUGAACAACUGUUGUUUUCUGGCUUGUAGCCAUUGCCUUGGUUUUUUUUUUUUUGUAAGUUUUGAUUUCAGUUGGCUUUUAUCUUGAUUGUCACUGAUCAUUUAAAGAUCAUCCCUUCUAGGCUGCACAGGAAAUCAAAAUGAGAUAAGUAACAAAAGCUAACGCAAUUGCACAUGAGGUUGGAAGGAGAUGAGUGAAAGUGGAGUAGGAGCAUAAUCACCCUUUCAUGUUCACUUCGCUGACUCAAUCUUGUUUUUCUAAAUAUUCACAAAACGACAAAUAUAAUGGAACAUUGUUGAAGAAUUUGGAUCCUUGGGGGAUGAGAACGUAGUUUGUUCUUCCAGCACAAUACCUUGAGUUCAAGUGAAGGUGGUCAAUGGAUGGUCAUGUUUUGCGGUGGCUAUACUCAUUCUGUUUCUUUUCUUUUCUUUUUUUAAUUGAUAAUGGUGGCCCUACUUGUUAGUAUGUAGGAAUGUUCUAUUGUUCUUUCCUACUUAAAGUGCGAAUGGAAUGGAAGAAGAUUCAUUGGCCAAACUUGUGUACAUAGAUACUACAUACAGGGAUUUUUCUUCCCUAGCCUUUUUGUACAAUAUUUAUUUGUUUUAAAUAAAGUCUCAUAAUGAAGAUGAAGAAGUAAACAAGAACAUACAACUUGCAUAUAUUUCUUAUAUAUUUUGAGUAGCACUUAUGAUAUCUUCAUGAACUUACUGACAAGUACUGUGAUAUCUCCAUAAACAAAUGAACUUUCUGGACAGUCAUUUCCAGUUAUGCAAGUAGGAACAGACAACGAGUGGAGAAUGAUGUUCCACAUUAAUUGUUAUCUUAAUUUCAGUAAGAGGAACAGAUCUGUAUCAAGUCAAAGUUCGUCCUUGCAAAACUAUUUUAUUCAGUACAUAAUAAUUAUAGUUUUUCAUUUACUGCCAUAUUCCCAUUAACCUAUAGUGUUCUUUGACUUGAAGACUUAAAAUACCAAAGUUAAAUAAAUUAAUCUAAAGUUAGGAACUGUCUUAAUGGCAAAUUUUAUCAGAUGAAAGCCUGCCAUGUUAUACAAUAACACUAGUUAACGUAGAUGCUAAAUGAUGUUGUAGUAACAGAAACAGAAUACCAUGAAAUUUACCUGGUAAUCUUUAUUCCUAUAUCUAUGUCUUGAAUCCUGGUUCAGUUGAAAGAUCCUUGUAGAAUUAGAGAUGGUACUUAACUGAAACAACAGAAACUCUGCCACUAAAUGAAGAACAUUGACGUGUGUUAAAGAGCAUAAUAUAUUAAAUGGAACUUUUAACAUGGCCAAAUAUCACAUGCCAAACAUGGCAUGUUCCUUAUCAAGAAAACAAAGAGUAGUACAAGAUGCAAAAUGAGAGAAAUGGGACAACAUUAGAAGGGCAUGAUCUUAUCAUUUGUACAAAACAAUCCUAUAAACUUCUUGGUUGCUAAUAGAUCCAACUAAAGUUGCCAAACUAGGCAUGAAAGGAAACAUGGUUUUAAAGGGGAAGGUUCUCUGAAAGGAGUCCAAUGUUACAGUUGCUUUCAACCACAGUGCUUUCUGCAAGUACUAAUGCUUUGGGCUUGUAAAAACAGAAAAUUCCAAUUGAACCUUAAAGUACAUGGGGAUUGUUUUCUUUGUGCCUGGAACAAGCUUUUGAUUCCAAAGGACCAGGUUGACUGUUGUGGAUUCAUGGAUGAAAAACUUGAUUAUGUCUUUGCUCGAGGGGUCUGCUUUACUUGGAAGUGGGUAACUCAUGCUGCCACUCUUUUAUCUACAUCAGGAAAUUAUUACUACCUGCACUUUUGAAGUCCUUACAAUCCACACCGGGAGCAAAUAAGAUGAUAGGAAGGAAUAUAUUAACUUUUUCUUUAGUAUCCUUUUAUUACCUUUCUCCUAAAUUUCUGUUGUUAGUGAGAUACACAAGCCUAAAGUAUUUUAAGGGACAACUACAAACAGUUUGGCAAGCUUAAAAUUCAAAGCUAAACCUUUAUCUGCACAUCAUAGAGUAUGAGAAUGUCAAGCUUUAUCUUCUUGUAUAUUUUUAGAAUUGGAAGGAUUUGUUUUCCUUAAGGGUCAUAGUUGUAUGGAUGAUCCAAGUGGCAAUGCCAUUAGAAAGGGAUACACUUAUUUCCACAGUUAGAUCUGCAUUGAGGAUUUUAGAGCCAAUUGAACUUAUCCCAUGACCAUUUAUCCUUUUUGUUUUUAGUUUAUGAAGAGAGGUGGAAAGUUACCGAGUAGUAAGAGGUUUUUGUUAGAGGUCAUGUUGAGCUUUAGAGGAAUUUUGGGUUAUAAGGUGGAGGGUGGAGGUUUCCCAAUCAAGUAUUUGGCAAUGCCUUUGUGUUCAUGCUAGGGGCCACUUGAGCAACUGGACUGGAACUUUAUUUAGGCAGGAGGUGGUGAAAGAAGGGGGCACCUAUUCGACAUACAGUCCAUUUACCUUGCCAAAUAUGCUCCAGCGCCAAGGCAUAUGCACCAAUAUCAUACCAUACACUAUCAAUGUGUAAUUGUGGGUUUAACAGUACUUGAACUUAGCACAGCACAGUCAGAUUAUCUGGAUUGAAAUUUAAUUAGACAAAGAGGAUAAAAAACAUCUAUCUUUAUUACAGGGAAAGGUUCAAUCAGAGUUAAAGCAUCUUACGUGUUACAGCCAUUUGUUUGUCUUAGUCACAUCUUUUCCUCAAAGGAGUUCCUUCAAGAAUCCAAGAAGUUAAUUGUUUUGUCAUUGAUUUCCUUACCCUUCCUAGGUUUAGGUGGGUUAGAAUAUGCAGGUUCAGGGAUGAUGAUGAUGGUGAUGAUAAUAGCUUUCCUGCUUCAUGUGUUUCCUCUCUGAAGUGUUUCACCAAAGUUCUUGUAGAAGCUUUAUAAUGGGCAUAUUUGCUUGUAAGGAACUUUUCUUUGGCUACAGUUAGUUACUUGCCCAUCUACAGGAUAGCCAAAUUUGGUAGAUGACUUGUUUAACCCUUCACCGCUACAGCCUUCGACUGAAUAAUGGAUGGUGUUGCAAGCACCUCAAUUUGGCAACGGAAUCAAGGAUCUCCAUUCCUGAAAGUCCUUUUUAUCCAUCGAGAUGAAUUAUUUGUGCACAGCUGCAAUUUGAAGGCUCUAACCUUUGUAUUGGGAUGCAGACUGUAGAAAUUUCAGGAGACUGCUACAUGAUUUCCUGAUUCAUCUUAUCUCUCUCCCUGUUCUAUGAAAUUCAUUAUUACAAAUCAGAACACAGCCAUGCUACUCCAAUGAAUUGAGGCUGUGUUGAGACUGGGAUUUUCUUUUGUGCCUCUCCAGUAUUUUCUGAGGAUGGUAGGGUCCUUAGAACUAGUAUUUAUAGAUUCAGGGUGUUGAAUAUUGAACAUGCAAAGAGCAUUUGUGGCAUCAAAGGUCCAGGCAUACCCAUGAUUUCCCAUUGUUGUGGUCAUGCUGCUUUAAUGUGAUGGAUCACCUUAUUUGCUGCAAAUUUUCAUUUGAGGGCCUGUGUUUUCAUUUACAGUGUGGUGGGUCGACUACUUGGAUGAAAGCAUUUCCAUGCUUUCAGACAUUUCUGCCAAGGCUUAUAUUGCUUUCUUGGCAUUGGGAGUUCUCUCAACUUUAGCUGAAGUAAGUGGCAAAAAUAGAGGGGCAGGACAGCAAAUGAGCCCACUGUAUAAGAUGUAUGUUUUGUGGGAUGAGCCCUUGUGCUAACUUGCUCUCUGGUUCUCCUUCAGGAGGGCUAUUCCCUAAUGAAAACUGAAAUGAUACUGUCUGGACAUUCAUGAUCAUGCCUGUAGUUCAUAAUGCAUAGUAGACAAGUUGAUGCUUGAAAGCAGAUUAUGCUUUUCACAUAAUAUGGAUAAAGCAUGGGUUUCAGAAAGCACUAAUUUGGAUUUAGUGCAUGUUGUAUAUUGCCAAUGAGAGAAGAGUGUGAUUAAUUGGCAAGGUGGAGAUAACUCAUUUCGGAGAAUGCUACUGAAGAUCAUAAUAGGGAGAGGAAAAGAUGGAUGUUACAUGAUUGUUGGGACUGAUAUCUGCUACAAAGAACGACUGUUACUAAGAAGAUGGAGGAGAAUUAGUGUCUUUGGAUCAAGGCUUUUAUUGCUGAUCAAUAUAUGAAUUUGAUUACCAUAACUUAUAUGUUGAACAGUGGAUUCAUUGGCUAGCAUCAGAACCCUAAGCUGGGACUUGGGGGGAUAAAAAUAUUCACUGGAAGAUGAAAUCAGGAGAGAGUAUUGACAACUUCUCUAUUGGGCUGUUUCAUGAACACUAUAUGCCUUUAAAGCUUCAUUGUGCUGCUCAAGUUUUCACAUCUGAUCCCUCUAUUAGUGUUUCAAGAAUGUCCCUGGACUUUGCCAUUAUGGUCAAUGUCAAACAAUUCCAUGAAGCUUCUAACAGGAAGCUAAUCAUCUUUUUGGUUGUUAGCCAUGAACACCCUCCUUUAUUAUGAGGGAGCUUAUCCUCAAAUUGUAAGCAUCUGUAUGAUUAUUCUGGGUUCUCUUUUGCUCUUUUUCUCUUUUUCUCUUUUGACUUCAGAGCUGAUCCGUAAAGAAACAUUGUUAUGGGGCAUAGACACAUAUACGGUACAUCGCAAACUUUUGAGAUGGACCACGACCAGAACUGGAAUCAUAUGCACAUUGAACAGCCUUAUAUCCACCUGGGAAGGGCCAGUGCUUCAGAAAAUGGAUCUUAUGCUUUUCCAGUGGAGAAUUUGCCAACAGGAGUAGCAAAUUUUACAUCUCAUUUGAAUUCAUCUCUGAGAUCAAAUGAGUAUUCUUCCUCAAGUCUCAGCAUGGAAACACUUCAUCGACCAGCUAUUUCAGGCCCCUCUUAUGAUCCUUUCCCGCAUCCCUCAGUUGCUGGAAGUGUCUGUCCAAUUCCACAGAAUUAUCCUCAUCACGCAUCUUCUUCUGGGUAUUACAGGCAUGCAACUCAUGGAAUAGAACCCGGUACUCUUAGUCCUAAUAUGGGCAAUGGAAGGGGGUCAUGCAAAAGGAAAAGCCCAGCUAUUUCUAUAGCCUGUGAGAGAGAUGGUAGCAGACACUAUGGUUCUGGAAGUUCCUCUGGUCUUUCUAUUUCAUCUGGCCUACAGCAAGAGAAGCCAAAUUUACUUGCUCAACAUUUACCCCGGGAACCUGUUGGCAUAACCUCGUACAGAAGCAGCAAUCUGUCAAUUGCAAGUGAAGGCUCUCAAAGGAAUGUGAGAAGCCGAUCUGCACUUAACUUGGAAGCCAACAUAGCGAGGACACAUUUAUCAAGUAACACUUCUCACUAUCCCCAUUCUACAGCUUGUCUGGUAGACCAUUCUGGGACGAUGGACCUCACUGGUUUUAGUUCUAGUGCUGGUGCAACCAAUUGGGAGUGGAACAACCUUCCUGUCUGUCCUACUGCUCAUGGAAGGAUUGUGUCUUCAGAUACCAGUGGCUUAGGUCAUGAUGUGAACCAGUUCCUUGGAAGCCAUACAACUAAUGGUCCUAUAGAGCUUGGUAGGUAUCACCGCGAUUCCAUUUUGAGCCGAAAUUCUGUUGUUCCUCCUCAAAGUCUUCAUGGUACAAUUACUCAAGCUGCAAGAGGUCGCAGAGGCUAUUCUCAAAGGGCAAUGCCUACUUACAGUGCUGGUUCAAGCUACCCACGCUUGGGAUAUGCCACAGCUUCAGAGGACAGUCUACAAUUGACUCCAGAAACCUACAGUGCUAGACAUUCAAGACCACCAUCUACCGUGGGUUGGCGUAACACUGAUAGGAAUGGGAGGUCAAGGAUAUCUCAUGAGAGAUUACGGUCACUUUCUGAUGAUGGUGAUGCCCAUGAUAGAAUGGUAUCUGAGGGUCUUAUGAUGGUGGGUCGAUCAACCUUGUAUGGUUCCAGAAAUUUGUUUGAUCAGCAUAGGGAGAUGAGGUUGGACAUAGACAAUAUGACUUACGAGGAACUACUUGCUUUAGGGGAGAGAAUUGGGAAUGUGAGCACAGGCUUGUCUCAAGACAUGAUUUCCAAGUGUUUGAUAGAGAUGAUAUAUUGUUCUUCUGAUGAGAACCAGGAUGAAGGAACAUGUGUAAUCUGUCUGGAAGAGUAUAAGAACAAGGAAGAGGUUGGAACACUGAAGAAUUGCAGACAUGAUUACCAUGUGAGCUGCAUCAAGAAAUGGUUGUCGAUAAAGAAUGUCUGUCCCAUCUGUAAGGCACCUGCACUACCGGAUAACUUGAAGGAGAAAUGACUCGUUUACCUGCAUAUCUGUUCAAUUGUAAAUAUGUUUGGACUGGAAAAGAGUUUUCCAAGGGAUAAAAAACAUUCUUUUAGGCAAAAUUUGUACAGGAGAUUCUCAAUUUCGAUGAAAGAUUGUUAGUGCAUUACCAUGGUAGCCAGUUUUUUUUUUUUUUU